AUGUAUCGAUUUUACACACGUAUUCAAAAUUCUGAUUCGUUUGGCCAGUGUUUUAUCAGUUUUGAUCUAACUCAACAAGAUUUUCGAUCAAAUCCUCGAUUAUCUUAUUACAUCAAACACUGGUUUAUCGACAUCGAUGAUCUUUUCGAUUAUCUUGUUUUAAAUGCAAAUCUACAAAUAACUUUAGUUUUGUCGGAUCUUAUUUCUUCUCUUGUAUGCGAUAAUUAUCGUCCAAUAUUUCCUCAAAUUACUCGCACAAUUAUUGUUGGCACACGACGAUUCUCGUAUGAAAAUGUUGAAUAUUUUUCGAAUACUCAAUCACUUGUUGAUCAUCUGUCAUUCACAAUACGUAACCGACAUCGGCUUUACAUAACAUUCGAUUCUUGGCCUGUUGAACGAACAUCAUACGAUCUUAGCAAGCACACUGCUAAAUAUCUUUGGUAUCAAUAUUUCUACUAUAUUCUGUCGUGUUUAAAACAAACUGAUGUCGCUCAAAAAGAAAUGUUAAACAAUGUCAAAGCAUUUCAUACAAAACAAACUGAAAUCAUUCAACGAUCAUGCUCAGAAUUCGUACAAACUUAUAACUCAAAUGAAAUCAUUAAAUGGUAUACAAGAGAAUCCUUCUUCUAUAUUUUGUUGAAUCGUACACUCAGAUCUGAAGAUAUCAAUCAUAUUUUCGCUAUGCGUUAUGUCAUAUCUGAUCUAGAAAACUAUAUACAAAACCAUCGUCAUGAAAUCCAUUCAAUUGCACGUAUCUAUCGCGGUCAGCAGAUGCAUUUAGAAGAAAUCCUAGAAAUUCAAGCCAAUAUCGGUGGUCUUAUUGGAUUAACAGCCUUUUGGUCAACAACGUUGUCGAGAGACACAGCUUUUGACUUCACAAGCAUCUUGUCUCCACAUCGAACAGACCAAAUCGGACAAGUCCUAUUUUCCAUCGAUAUUCCUCAACAUAUCCAGGGUGCUUAUUGCGAUAUAUCACAGUUUAGUGUUGCAGAUCACGAGUUGGAAAUUUUGUUCUCGUUUCGUUCGUUGUUUCGUGUUGAACGAGUGACAAAAAAUACUCUCGACGAAUUUUGGUAUAUUGAUUUGACGUUAAUUGAUGAAAAUGACGAACAAUUUGUUUCAAUUAUGAAUCCAUGGUAUUUGCGAACGAAAGAUAUUCUCAAUCAACGAUCAUUCUUUACAUUACAAAACAUUCAAUCAAAGAAAAACUUCUUUCAUGAUCUCACAUUAGAAAAUGGAUCGUUUUUAGCGUCUCAAUUGUUCAUCGAUAUGAUGCUACGUUUAGAUCAAAAUGAUUUUGCUCGAAAUGAACUUCUUGACGUUUGUCGAGAAGCUUAUGCUGAAGAUACUGUCGAAUUGAAGAAAAUUGAUCAUUUCGAUGCCACUUACGAUCCUCGAGAUGCAAUCAAAUGGUACAGUGUUGAUUGUUUUCUUUAUCGACUAAUUAAUCGCGCACUUCGAAAUGAAAAUAUUGAUCGGAUUUUUAAACUACGUUACUUUAUUCAUGAUCUUCACAAUCAACUUGCUCAGAUGCAGAUGGAAUUUCUUCGACAAUUACCAUCAAAUCAAAGAGUUCUGCAACUUUAUCGAGGUUUGAGGAUGCACUUGUGUGAACUGCAUCAGUUACAAAAAAAUCGAGGACAUCUUGUUUCAACAAACACAUUUCUGUCAACAACAAGUGAUUAUGAAGCUGCUCUGGCAUUUUCUGGUGAUGGAAAUGUCGAGGAAAACUCGAUCUCAGUUAUUUAUUGUAUCCUUGUUGAUACAACAAUGAAACAAUCGAUUCCCUUUGCAAGUCUUGUUUAUCAGAGUAUUUUCAAAGAUGAAGAUGAAGUUCUUUUCUCGAUGGGAGCAGUUUUCAGUGUUGGAGAAAGCAAACAACUGAGAGAUCGAUUAUGGACUAUUAAAUUAGCGUUAACAUCAAUAGAAGAUGAACAAUGGAAUGUUUUCACAUCGCAUUUUUCUUGA